AUGGCUCUCGGCUCGGUGUGGGCACGCCUCAAAGGCAACGGUCAACCCAGCUUUGCCAGAUCAACGGCAUUAAGACUCUUUGGUUUCGCAACAUGGAUCCCAGUCAUCGCAAUGUUUAACCUGCACGUUGCAGAACUGACCUUUGUGGACGGAGUAUCCAUGUAUCCGCUCAUCAACGACGAUAAAGACUCGACGCUACGGCGGGACGUGAUCCUCAAUUGGAAGUGGUCACCUCAGAAGAAUCUAGAGAGGGGCAUGGUGGUGACAUUACGCUACAAAAGGAGUCCUCUACAUCCCGAGACAAUCGCAGUCAAGCGCGUGGUGGCGCUGGAGAACGACGUGAUCAAGACCAAAGCGCCUCAUCCGCUACCAACGGUGCGAGUGCCGCAGGGCCACGUGUGGGUGGAGGGCGAUGGACCACCAGGGUCGAGUCUGGAUAGCAACACGUAUGGGCCAGUAUCUAAGCAGUUGAUCACGGGUCGAGUUACCCAUGUUGUGUUCCCUUUUCGCAAGUUUGGAGCGCUUCCGUGGCGAGAGCACCAACGGCCGUUGGUGGAGUAG